GGCCGCUCGGGACGGAGAGUGAGAGAGCGGUUGUUUGGCAACAAACUCCUCAGCGUCUAACGCUCCUGCGUGUGUUAGUUAGUUAACCUAGCGUUCACCGUUUUAAUGACAGGAGUUGGUAAUUUAGACGUUUCGUCGCGUUUGAAGGUCUCUUGGUAAAAAAAGACAAAAACGUAACUGGUCAGCAGGAAAAGAGUCCCGCUCUCAGUUUAUUCGUAUUGUUAAGUGUUAGCACGACAUAGCUAACAAACUUUGAGAAUGAACGUCCCGAAAAGCGGUUAUCGCGUCUUCUCAGCCAACUCUACGCCUGCAUGUACCGAGCUUGCUAAGAAGAUUACCGAGCGCCUUGGAGUGGAGUUGGGGAAGUCUGUGGUUUACCAGGAGGCUAACAGAGAGACCAGAGUUGAUGUUAAAGAGUCUGUUAGAGGCCAGACGAUCUUCAUCAUCCAGACAAUUCCCAGAGAUGUUAACACUGCUAUCAUGGAGCUGCUGGUCAUGGCGUAUGCCCUCAAGACCUCUUGUGCCAAAAACAUAAUUGGAGUCAUCCCAUACUUUCCCUACAGUAAGCAGUGUAAGAUGAGGAAGAGGGGAUCCAUAGUGUGUAAACUGUUGGCAUCCAUGCUGGCCAAAGCAGGUUUGAGUCACAUCAUCACCAUGGACCUCCAUCAGAAAGAGAUCCAGGGUUUCUUCAGUUUCCCUGUGGACAACCUCCGUGCCUCUCCGUUUCUUCUACAGUACAUUCAAGAAGAGGUCCCUGAUUACAGAAAUGCCAUCAUUGUUGCAAAGUCCCCCUCUGCUGCAAAAAGGGCUCAGUCCUACGCGGAGAGGCUACGUCUAGGCCUGGCCGUCAUUCACGGGGAGGCCCAGUGCUCUGAAUCGGACAUGGCCGAUGGACGGCACUCUCCUCCCUGCGUCCGCAACACCUUCGGCCAUCCCGGCCUGGAGCUGCCAUGCAAGCAACAAGCUCCGUUCCCAGGCAUAGAGCUCCCAAUAAUGAUGGCCAAGGAGAAACCGCCCAUCACGGUGGUGGGAGAUGUUGGAGGGCGCAUCGCCAUCAUUGUUGAUGACAUCAUAGAUGAUGUAGAGGAUUUUGUGGCAGCAGCAGAGAUUCUGAAGGAAAGAGGAGCCUAUAAGAUCUACAUCAUGGCCACUCAUGGCCUGCUGUCCGCUGACGCUCCGCGUCUCAUCGAGGAGUCUGCCAUAGACGAGGUGGUAGUGACCAACACCGUCCCGCAUGAAGUGCAGAAGCUGCAGUGCCCGAAGAUCAAGACGGUGGACGUCAGCAUGAUUCUGGCCGAAGCCAUCCGCCGCAUCCAUAACGGAGAAUCAAUGGCUUACCUGUUCCGCAACAUCACUGUAGACGAUUAGGCGUCAAGCAGCUUUGCGCUUGCAUUGGAGGUGAGGUCUUUCCAAAGAGCUGAGGAUGCUCUCUCUCUCUCCUCUCCUAAACAUGCUAGGAGUGCCAAGUAUUACAAAACACAACUAUUUAAACAAUAAAACAAACUUAUUUUAUUUAAAAAUCUGUCUGAAUAGAAGUGCUUAAGGGAGAAAUAGAGCUUUGAGUUAAAUUUUAGGAACCUUACCAUUGUGUCUGAAUGCAAGUAUCCCUUCUUUACUCUUAUACAAUCAGUUAAUCUGUGCAGCAGUCAUUGACUGCGGCAAUACCUCUUAUAUGCAAAAGUGUUGAAUAUUAUUCCAUUCAUUUGCACUCAUUCAUUUGUAUUCCCUCCAUUAAUUGUAUGUUGUAUUCGCUCCUCAAUAUUUGCUUGCUUAAAUAGUCUGCCAAGUGAAGGCAUUUGUUUAAACAUUAUGUCCAGUACUUGAAGGACCCUAAAUGUGUUGUGUGCAAGAGUAGCUGCUUGCUUGCUGUUUAUUUUAUACAGCUUUCUUAAUAUUAAGUCUAGUAUCUGCACUUGAGCCAAAAUGCCCUAAAACUAUUAGAGUAUUGGGUGAGCUGAUUCAUUUUUGAGAGUGCUUUGCUGAUUCAUUCCUUAAGAGUGCUGUGCACGUAAUCCCAAAGUUAAGGGAACAAAACUUUGUGUCUGAAAUGUGUUGUGUCUGUCCUGUCAUCUCAGUUGAUGUGUGCUAGGGUACACCUGGUUUUCAAAGUUUUAAAGGGAUACCCAAGAAAUGCAGUUUAUGGCACGAAGCGUGGCGUUAUUGAAGCUGAUGUCUGUAGCAUGUGAAUGAAACUGACCCAUGCACUAGUGAAUGUUUACGUUUGCCUUUAGAUUGAGACACAGUAUCGUCAUAGCUCAGGUUGUUUGAUUGUUAACCAUAAAGCAAAGUGACAUGGGAUGUAUAGAUAGUCUUAAGACCGUAAAAUCACAUGGCAUGGGCCAACCUGUGUUCCAUGCCUGGCAGCUGAUUCACAACAAUAACUAUGCCGACACACCAGACCACAGUAAUAAAGGGAAAACUGUUUAAGAAAAGCUUGCUUUAGUUGUUCACAAGACAGGUUUAUAUAAUUAAUGAUAGCAUACCCAGUUUAUGUAUGCUAACAGAGCCAUUAAGUUCAUGGAGGUUUUAGUGUGCAGUUUCAUUCCAUCCAAGGCCAAAACGUGCAUGACCGCAGUGUUCUUACAUCCUGACACUGAGGCCUCUUAUUGCUCUGCCAUCACGCCGUUCCUUGUGAGUGAAAAGUCUUUCUGUGCGCACGUGGUCUACGCGGUGUUCCUCACCAUACCUUCCCUUUCACAUCCACUUCCAGUUCUGAUGGUGGAUGACAUUCAGCCAGGCGGGUGCAUGCUUGGCAUGUGAGUUGCUUGGGCGUCUUUGAGAGCAAUAGUGGUUGCUAUGGCAACCGUGCUCAAAGCUGGAUUAAUUUGUUUUUUAUUAUUAUUAUUAUUAUUAUUAUUAUUAUUAUUGUUAUUAUUAUUAUUUUCCCAUGCAGCGCAUUUUUGCUCUGCAUUCCAACACUUCUAAUCAAAGUUUUUGUUUGUGAUGUUACGUAUGUCACUGCUGUUGAUUUGUAAACCAUAUUUUUGUAAAUAAAGACUGUUGAACGCUU